CGGAAACACACCGCCCACCCCACGUUUGGUCACGUGGGCGAUUAGAACCAUAGUAGCGAAGCAUUUACGACAUUUUUGUCCAUUUUCCACAAAAAAAUGAUUGAAAGAACAUUGAGGAGUCCACUGUUUUAACACCACAGUCUUGAACGUCAUAGUUUUAUAUUUCAAAACCAUUUCUGUAGGUAUCGAUAUAAUUAAAUCGCCUUUGUGGGUGAAAAUAUGUCAGGGAUUUCGCUUAACCUGAAUUUUGACCCAACACGAAAUUCAGGGAAAAAGAGGAAAUCCAAAGCCAAAUACAAAUGUUCUCAUAAAUGGAAACGUCCCACGGAUAAAAAUAGCAGUUUUACCCAAAACAAAAAUAAUUGUAAUGGAAAUGAAAGGAUGCAAAAUAAAGUGCAGAUGAAUGGAGAGAGGCAAUCGAACCCAGGUGCUGUUUUUCCCAAAUUUUACACCACUCAGCCUGAUAACACCAACAUGCCUUCCAGUUCUGCACAGGUGCUUUUCCAGAAAUCCUCAACUUCAGUUUCAUCCACUGCCUGUACAUCUCAAGGAAAACCAGAACAGAGACUGGUUCCGACCACUAUUGGACCUUUUAAAUAUAUAGCAUUGGACUGUGAGAUGGUAGGAACGGGACCAAAGGGGUCCAUUGGUGAGCUUGGGCGCUGUAGUAUCGUCUCCUAUGAUGGUGAUGUCAUUUAUGAUAAAUUCAUCCAGCCUACCAAACCUGUCACCGAUUUUCGGACACGCUGGAGUGGAAUCAGGAGGCAGGAUCUACGAUAUGCCACACCCUUCAGACAGGCACAGGCAGAGAUUGUGAAGAUAAUGACAGGGAAAGUGGUUGUGGGCCAUGCCAUCCAUAAUGACUUCAAGGCCUUAAAAUAUUUCCAUCCUGCUGGCCAAACACGAGAUACCGCACGGAUUCCUCUCCUAAACCAGAAAGCUGGAUUUCCUGAGCAUGAAACUGCAUCUCUGAAAAGGCUCACCAUGGCUCUCUUCAACAAGAGCAUACAAGUUGGGAGAAGAGGCCAUUCAUCAGUAGAAGAUGCCAAAGCCACCAUGGAACUGUACAAAUUGGUGGAGGAGGAAUGGGAAAGAACACUUGCCUCUCCGGCUGUUAGCUAAAAAGGGACUCACUUUUAACAAAAAAAAUACAAUUGUGCUUCAAUUUUAAAAAGGAAGUUUUAAUAUGCAACCAGUUUCAUUUUCUUAUCAUUGACAUUUUCUAAAAAUUACUAUCUUGUAUUAAAGAUCAGUUAAACUUCUCAGCUA